UGUUUUCUGCGAGGAUGGUGACAUGGGUGAUGAACUAAACAACAUUAUAUCUGCAAGGAGUUCAUUUAAUGUCGCAGAAAUUAGAACUAAAGAAACACCUAAAAACAAAUAUAAACUGGAUGAACCUGUUACUGGAAACCUGGAGAAUUCCACCCAAACACACAUAGGGGAUAUAAUGGAACAUGAAAAUACCAAAAUGGCUAACUCUGCUGCUGUUCUUAGCUUUAAAAUCAAGGAGGAAAUCAACAAGUUCCAUAAUGAAUCCCCUUCAUCAUCUCUGAAGAAGCUGGAAUCAUCUGAGGCAAUAGAGGGACUAGAAAUCCUAUUGCAUUCUUCAGUACAACAUGCAGGAAAUUCCUUGCCUUCGGAAGAUAUGAUCAUUGAAACUAUAUCUGAAGUAAAGAAAGAGUGCUUAGAUGCUGAAAAAGUUUCUUCUACACUGGACAUGGCAUUUCCAUCUCCAAAUGCAAUGCUUAGCAAGUCUUUGAGGAAGAAAUCAGGCAAUGGAGGAGCCAGUAAUGAAUCGUCAAAAUCUUCUCGUCGAUCAUCUUCAGUUAAAAAGGGAAAAUCUAAGAAUAGUGCUGUGAAUUUAACAUCACUCUCUGAUAUGGACAACAAAUUGCAAAUUCCACAACCUAAAUUCAGGAAACCACCUUAUGAUUCCUUAAAUGCUCGUGCUGAAGCAGUCGAAGAGAAACUUAAUGAGUUGCUGGAUCAUGAUGGCGGAAUAAGCAAACGCAGGGAUGCAUCUAGGUGCUACUUGAAGCUCCUCCUUUUAACUGCUGCUUCAGGAGAUAGCUGCAACGGUGAAGCUAUUCAGAGGUAAUAAAUGGAUUUCCUAUUGGAAACUCUUUCAGGUGCUAGAUGUUGCUUAGUGGUGAUACCUUUUGUUCAUUAAUCUAUUUCUCUUCCU